AUGUUUACUAUGGUCAACGCGUCGUUUCUCCAGCGGGUGACGGUGGACCACGAGGGAUAUCUCCAGCGGAACAUGUGGCAGGAAAGGGAAGGCAAAUGGUUCAGCUUCUACACAGCCCCAAGGGACAGGUGCGACAGGUACGGCCUGUGCGGACCCAACAGCAACUGCGACGACAGCCAGGCCGAGUUUGAGUGCACGUGCCUGGCGGGGUUCGAGCCCAAGUCGCCACGUGACUGGUUCUUGAAAGACGGCUCAGCAGGAUGUCUGAGGAAGGAAGGAGCGAAGGUGUGCGGGAACGGGGAAGGGUUUGUGAAGGUGGGACGUGCGAAGCCUCCAGAUACAUCGGUGGCACGUGUGAACAUGAACAUCAGCGUGGAAGCGUGUAGAGAGGAGUGCCUGAAGGAGUGUUCUUGCAGUGGAUACGCGGCUGCAAAUGUGAGUGGAAGUGGGAGUGGGUGCUUGUCUUGGCAUGGGGAUUUGGUGGAUACAAGAGUGUUUCCUGAAGGGGGCCAAGAUUUAUAUGUGCGUGUGGAUGCCAUCACUCUAGCUGAAAAUCAAAAGCAGUCAAAAGGUUUCCUUGCGAAAAAGGGGAUGAUGGCAGUUUUGGUGGUGGGGGCUACCGUGAUUAUGGUUCUGUUGGUCUCCACAUUUUGGUUCUUAAGGAAGAAGAUGAAAGGGAGAGGAAGACAAAACAAAAUGUUGUAUAAUUCGAGACCUGGCGCUACAUGGUGGCAAGACUCUCCAGGAGCUAAGGAGCGUGAUGAAAGUACAACCAAUUCUGAAUUACAAUUCUUUGAUCUGAACACCAUAGUUGCAGCCACAAAUAAUUUCUCUUCUGAGAAUGAACUUGGACGUGGUGGUUUUGGCUCAGUUUAUAAGGGUCAACUAUAUAAUGGACAAGAAAUAGCUGUGAAAAAAUUAUCAAAGGAUUCAGGACAAGGAAAAGAAGAAUUUAAGAAUGAAGCUACGCUUAUUGCAAAACUCCAGCACGUGAAUCUUGUGAGGCUUUUGGGUUGUUGCAUUACAGAAGAAGAGAAGAUGUUAGUCUAUGAGUACUUGCCAAACAAAAGUUUAGACUCUUUCAUUUUUGAUGAAACAAAGAGGUCAUUGUUAGAUUGGAGGAAACGCUUUGAAAUUAUUGUCGGAAUUGCUCGAGCAAUCUUAUAUCUUCAUGAGGACUCUAGAUUACGAAUCAUACACAGAGAUCUAAAAGCAAGCAAUGUUCUACUAGAUGCCGAAAUGCUUCCAAAAAUUUCAGAUUUUGGCUUGGCUAGAAUAUUUCGAGGAAAUCAAAUGGAAGAAAACACAAAUCGAGUAGUUGGAACAUAUGGUUACAUGUCACCUGAGUAUGCGAUGGAAGGGUUAUUUUCAACAAAAUCCGAUGUUUAUAGCUUCGGAGUUUUGUUGUUAGAGAUUAUUACUGGGAGAAAAAAUAGCACUCAUUAUCGGGACAACCCAUCCAUGAACUUAGUUGGAAAUGUUUGGAACCUAUGGGAAGAAGAUAAAGCCUUGGAUAUAAUUGAUUCAUCACUAGAAAAGUCAUACCCUAUAGAUGAAGUAUUGAGAUGCAUCCAAAUUGGGCUCUUAUGUGUGCAAGAAUCUGCAAUCGAUCGACCUACCAUGUUGACAAUUAUUUUCAUGUUGGGUAACAACUCUGCUCUUCCUUUUCCUAAACGGCCUACAUUUAUUUCAAAAACAACUCACAAGGGUGAAGAUUUAUCAUCCUCUGGUGAACGACUUUUAUCUGUAAAUAAUGUGACCUUGACUUUGCUUCAACCUCGUUAAAUGCUUACACUCUCACAUGUUGUAUGUUUA